GCUUUUCUGACCAUGGUGAGUGAAAGGGCAAAAUAUCCAGAAAGCAACGUAUUACAAUACGCAUUUAUAGGGAUAUGGACAACGGUGGAGAUUGAACUAACAAGCAGUGGAUAUGAUAGUUAACCAUAGCUUGUGUGAGUCACGAAAACGCUUGGGGAAAGCUGUUAGUUAGCAAAUAAAGCGCAGUUGAGUAGUCUACGUGUACAGCUGCUAACUGGAGGGUUAAACGAAGCUGUAACUUCACAUUCAUCGAAGGGGAACGCCUUAUAGUUUACCUGUGAAUCCAGGCUGAAGGCAAGAAGUGAGAGCUAUAAUACAAAUCAUGGUUUUACAGUAGCAGUUUGGGGAAGUGAUACAUUUUAACUGACCAUUUUUGGCAACAUUGAGGGUGGACGAAUUCCAGACAACAUGAAAGAUGUUCUAAAAUCAAAAGCGUUCAGCAGAUUCUGUGUUGUGCAUUUUCAUCGCAUUGUCAGGACCUUGUUUGUUUUGGCCUAAUUAUUAAAAUCGCUCACAGAAGCCAACAAGCAGGUAUAGUUGUAUAUUUACUGGGCACUGACACUGACCUGAACUUGGAUCCACUGGACAGGGAGGUGCUACAAUGACAGAAACUAACUCCAAAGCAGCACAAGAUUUAACAGACUUCAUGGAAACAAAGAUGCAAGAUGUUCAGAACAAAUUUCAGACUAUGUCCGAUAAGUUAGUAUCAAAAAUGGAUGAAAUGGGAACUCGCAUUGACAACCUGGAGAAGAAUGUUGCUGAUCUCAUGACACAGGCAGGGAUGGAGAAGCCUCAAACUUCAAAAUGACUUUUAAGGUGGUCUUGGAGCCAAAUUCAGUGACCUUAAGUUGAGAACAUUCAAGAAUGUACUCUACGAAAUGCUCUUCAUUCCAUUUUCAGAAGACAAGAAGAACGAAGACGCCACAGUGCUACAUUUGCUAAUAAUGUGGUUUGAGCAGGUGGAGCAUUUCUCAUGAAACCAAGAAGAAAAUAACGAUUCAGUUCAUCAGUUUCAUCUCAUCAUGAAGGCUACACCAUUGCUAGGGCUGAUGGAGCUAACAUUGAUUAUUUUUGUAUGGAAAAAGACUCUCCCCCCCAUGCUGAAGUCACUUUAGGAAAUGAAUAAAACCAUUUAAUGAUUAAAAAACAUUGCUUAGAAUGGUUCUUGAUGCUCUUCAUUGUAAAAUGAGAAUAUACACAUACAAUAUACACCAAAACACAUUAGCAUAACAUGUCAAAAUUAUACAUCACUUCAGUGAUGUAUAAUUACUUUACUGGUUACUGUGGAUAACACAACUGUAACAAAACAAUGGACAAACAGAUCUUCAAACAGUACUAAAAUGCAGAAUUACCUCAAACACAAAAAUUUUCAAUUCAAUCCAUUUUAAAAGGAACAAAAAUCUGAAGUGAUGUCCUUAUCCUGAUAGGCAAUUUCAAGUUAUUUGUGCAUUAUGAACAAGCUAUUUCUUUUAAGAAAAGUCAAUCCACAGUCCUGCUUCUCCAAAGUUCAAUAUCCAAGGCCAAUUGUCCAAGGUGUCUCAAGCAUGGAUAUUUCCAAGCACCACAUAGAACAAGGGGGUGGCAUGAAUUAAUAUCUGUAUUUGGUUGAGUAGUCUUUUGGAGAGACAACCAGACCUCUUCCUUUUCGUGCACCCCUGUAUACCGUCUCCACAAUAUCAAUCAUCUCCUGCUUAUCCUCCAUUGUCCAGUUUAUCUUGUUGUUAUUACCCGUGCCCAAGUCAAUCAUGAUGUGUUUGUUCCUG